CAAUAUAUCUGAUCAAUGUACGUGUCCACACGUGGGUUUAUUUAGGGUACAUAAGCAACUUUGCAUCACAUGACACUCAAACAGCCGGAAUCAUGGAGGCACGACCGGGAGUUUUCCUUUUGUUGCUUGUGACAGUCCUACAGGCAGUAGUUGCUUCAAGUAAAUGGAAAUGCUAUCAUUAUACAUUCGCAAACAAAUUUGCAAUGAUACUAGUUGGAGAAAAAUCGAUAUGUGAAAAACAUGGACGGAAGUACACGAAAGGCAUAAAUAAAAACUAUCCAGGCUGUGGAACUUGCUGGUGCUGUCAGGCGCCAAAAGAAUCAGGAUAUAUUGGUUGUUAUCAGGAUGACAGCACUAGAAUUUUACCUAAAGAAGUACUGAAAGACAAAGGUAUGACAGUUCAAAAAUGCCAACAGUUUUGCGGUCAAAACGGAUUCAAGUUUGCAGGUGUUGAGUAUGGAUACGAAUGCUUUUGUGGGAAUGUUUUACGAAAAGACAGAAAAAGAAAAGAAAGUGAUUGUAAAAUGCCAUGCUCAGGCAAUAAACGUCAGAUAUGUGGUGGUGCAUGGAGGAUCUCUAUUUAUACAGGCAAAUUAAGUAAUUGCAAGGAGAAAUGUCACAAAAAUGGUAAAUGCAAAAGAGGAAGAUGUAGAUGUAAAAGAGGAUACACAGGAGAUGGCAUUAACGUGUGUUACAAAAGCUGUACAUGUUCAGCGAGCGGCGAUCCACAUUACAGAUCUUUCGACGGACAAGUAUUACAUUUCAUGGGAACAUGUAAAUAUACUUUGUCUCAAUAUGUUAACCCAAGCAGUGCAUGCAGAUUUCAUGUUCAAGUCAAGAAUGAAAACAGAGGAAAUAAACGAGUCUCAUAUACAAGAUCUGUUCACGUAGUCGUCAGAAAGACGAAGAUUGACUUGUUAAAGAAUAGAGUUGUCAAGGUGGAUGGAAUUAAAAGAUAUCUACCAUAUCAAACUGGAUAUUUCAGUAUCAUAAUUUCAGGACGUUAUGUGAGACUAAAAACUACAUGUAACGUCUUAAUUACAUGGGACGGGAAAAGCGCAGUAACUAUAUCGGUACCGAGUCAUUUCAGCCAGAAUUUAAUUGGCUUGUGUGGAAAUUGUAAUGGCAUUAAAGACGAUUUUAGAACAAAAGAUGGUUUGGACGUGCGCACAAAACCGGACAAGUUUACGCUUAUUGGUGAAAGUUACCUGAUUCGAGAAGGCAAUAGCGAAAAGUGUGGCGUGACAACCCCGCCGGAUCCUUGUACGUCAGCACUGAGAAACAAAGCGAAUAGAAACUCCGCCUGUGGGCAGUUGAAUCAAGCUAACCCAAGCAGCCCGUUCAAAGACUGCUCACAAGAAGACACGGCAUUAGUUCAAGACAUAUAUGACACUUGUGUAUAUGACUACUGUGCAUACAGUGAUCAACCAGAUAUAUUAAAUACAAUUGUUUGCGAAGCUGCUGAAGGCCUAGAAGAAAGAUGUGAAAACAUGGGUGUUGAUAUAUCAUGGAGAACAAAACAAUUUUGUCCUUUUAUAUGUGAAGACAAUAUGGAAUACAGUAGUGCCGGUAGUGGAUGCCCUGCCACAUGCGUUGAUCUACAUGCCCCCAAAACAUGCAAACUACCCCCAUCAGAAGGAUGUCAGUGUAAAAAAGGAUUUGUACUGAGUGACAACAAAUGUAUACCGAUAGCUCAGUGUGGUUGCAGGCUACCUACCGGUGAAUACUAUCCAAUUGAUACAGAAAUUACAUCCAGAGAUUGUAGGACGGUGUCCAGAUGCGUUGCCACAAAAUCGGGUUACGCAAAAAUGCAAGUCAUUAGACGGCAAAAAUGUCACAGUAAUGCACAAUGUAAAUUACUCCAUGGCGUUUAUGAUUGUGCUUGUGCAGAAGGUUUCAAAGGAGAUGGAAUCAAACAAUGCAAAGGAAAGUCACAACCUGGUACAGAAAAAGUGAUAUGUGAGGGCUUGAAAAGUAGAAUUACAUGUCCAUGGAAGAAAACAAUAAGAAUUUUGGAAGCAACAUAUGGAAGAACUGAAAUGGGCAAAUGUAGAAGUUCAAAUGUGAAAACGACAUCAUGUUCAUCUGACAAACCACUUCCUAUAAUAAGAAAACAUUGUGAUGGAAUGAAAUCAUGCAUGGUAUCAGCAAAUAACGGCUUGUACGGCGAUCCUUGUGCGUACACAUACAAAUACGUUACUGUUCGAUACGUCUGCGAAGAAACAGGACCCAAGUGUGGAUCAAGCGUGUGUCAUCCAGAAGCUACAUGUCACAAUGGUCGAUGUGUAUGCAAAAAAGGGUUUAUCGGAGACGGUGUAAAUAGCUGCAUAGAGACAUGCACCUGUGUUGCUAGUGGAGAUCCACAUUAUAAAAGUUUUGAUGGACAAGUUAUUCACUUUAUGGGAAUAUGUACCUAUACCAUGGUCAAAUCAACAUCCAUUGAUAAAUGUGGUGGUUUUGAAGUUCAAGUGCAAAAUGAACACCGUGGAUCAAACACAAGAGUCUCGUAUACACAAUAUGUUUUGGUCAAGUUAGCAGAUGCUACAAUUCGGCUAGAUAAAAAUAACGUCGUUUUUGUAAAUGACGUUCAAGUUUAUACUCCCUAUUCUUGUACAAACUUUGAAAUUACGACUUCUGGUAGAUAUGUACGGCUACAAACAAAAUGUAACAUAUUGAUAACAUGGAAUGGUGUCGGUACCGUGGCAGUAUCCGUUCCAAAGACAUAUGCGGGAAUUGUAACUGGUCUUUGUGGUGAUUGCAACGGAAAGAAAGACGAUUUCAGAACAGCAACUGGUGAGGAUGUUAGUCUAAAGAAAGACAAAUUCGAACUUAUUGGAAAAAGCUACACAGUUCCAGGAAUCUUUGAAACACAGGAUAACAAGUGUGUAGUUGUUCCUAUAAUGGAAGAACCAUGUUCUGCAGACCAGUCCAGUAAAGCCGCUGACGAUAAAUACUGUGGUUUAUUGAAUCCGAAAAAUGUAAAAAGCCCAUUCAUGUCUUGUGCGAACAAAGAUAUGGAUAUGGCCAAGGAUUUAUAUGAGUCCUGUUUAUAUGAUUACUGUAGUAUAGAAGGAUCACCUGAACUCGCACAAUCUAUUUGUGAGUCUUUGGAGGGAUACGAAGAACAAUGCGAAGACAUGGGUUUAUCAAUAACUUGGCGGAAAAAGGAUUUUUGUCCACUUACAUGUCCAGAUAACAUGGACUAUACUACUUCUGGGAGUGGAUGUCCAGCAACUUGUGUGGACCCAGAUGCUCCACUAACAUGCAGAUUACCAAAUACAGAAGGCUGUCAAUGUAAAGAAGGAUUUCUCCUGAGUGGAAAUGAAUGUGUGCCCAAAGAACAAUGUGGAUGUCGUGGACCAGAGGGAGAAUACUAUCCCCUUGGAAAGCAAUUUACUUCAUCAGACUGCACAAUUGUAACCAAGUGUUCCAGUGAAAACGGGAAACCGACUUUGACAGUUGUUAAACAACAAAUUUGUCAUCAAAAUGCUAAAUGUCGUCUCCGAAGAGGUCAAUAUAGUUGUAUAUGUAAAAAGAAGUUCAAGGGAAAUGGUGUGGAUGUUUGCACUCCUGAAUGUAAGCAAAAGUGUAAAAUCAAUGAAAGGUGUGUCAAAGGAAAAUGCAGAUGCGAGAAUGGUUUAGUCAGGACAAAAUUGGGAGCAUGCAAGACACCUGAAGAUCAAGAGGAUGUUGAUGAAUGUCGAAAAUCUACAAAGGGUACGGAAUACAAAGGUCUAAUUAGUUUGACACAAACUGGGCGUACCUGUCAGUAUUGGGAACGGCAAUAUCCACACAAACACGUGUUUAGCAAGCUUAAAACGGAACAUAAUUACUGUAGAAAUCCUGACAACAGCGGACAACCAUGGUGUUAUACAAAUGAUCCAAGCACACGUUGGGAAUAUUGUAAGAUACCUAUGUGUGCUGCCUGUUCUAUGAGAGAAGAGAUAGUACAAUGCAAAGCUACUGUUAGAGUCUCUGGUUCAUGUUUCUAUAAAUCAAAAGUAGGAUCAAGCUGUGUCUACACCGCGCAGCUGUCAGAUUCACAAGCAAUCAUCAAAACAUCAACACAGGAAAUGGUACUUACAAAUGGAGGAAAUCUGGCUGAAUGUGCUAUUUUUACCUUUAAUGAUGGAACACUGAAAAUAGAGGAUGACGUCUGCAAAUGCUUUUAACUGAUGGAUAAACUAAUUGCAUAACAUUAUUCCAUAUCAUUAUGAGGACUGAAAAGAAUUAGAGACAUAGUGCAUUCUCAAUAAUUGUGUGCUAAGCUUUAACUAUAUCAUCAUCUAAUAAAAUAAAAUUGCAGAUA